UCAAUUGCCGGUCUGGUGGAGAGGUUCGAGUUAUUCGUUGCAAAAUUUGAAAUUGUAAAUGCCUACACCGAAUUGAACGAUCCCGUAAUUCAACGGGAACGAUUCGAACAGCAAGCUAAAUUAAAGGCAGAAGGCGACAGAGCGGCUCAUUCUUUUGACGAAAACUUCUGCAUGGCUCUAGAAUACGGCAUGCCUCCGACGGCGGGUUGGGGAAUGGGAAUCGACAGACUGACCAUGCUUCUGACGGACUGCAAGAACAUAAAGGAAGUAUUGUGUUUUCCACUCAUAAAACCGGAGAAACCGCUUGAAACGAUGGCUGAAAAUUAGAACGGAUGCUCUGUGCGCUACUUGGGAAUUCGAAUCUAUGCUAAUGACAAUCUGUUUGCUUUCGGACAAUACGGCACUACUUCAGGAUGAAGAGUCGAGAAAUAGCUCGUCGGAAUUCAUCGGGCGAGUUACAAACUACUACUGUGAAUACGCGUCUUGCAUUAUUUAGUUCCUCCGGUGAUUACCACGACAGAGACUUCAGAACAUCGAUGGAUCAGGGUAACCAAAAAGGCCAUUGCACGCGAGUAGCAAACUUAAGACAAUCGGUAUCUACAACCGAUUUUACCAAUUGUUCGUUUCGACUCUGAUGGUCCUCGGAACCCAUGUUCAUCGUAAUCUGUUUCAAGUCUACAUGGCCUAAACUCUUAGUUGUGUGUGUGUAAAAGUGUGUAAAAUGGCAUUUUCUUGGCCAAUUGGUUAUGCAUUUGAAUACUGUGACAUUUCUAUUCAGUAUUGAAAAGUGGGGAUUAUUUUAAUAACAAUCAGCUUUGAACAUGCCUAUAAUACGCUGGGGAAUGGGGACUGAUAGGCCCA